UUACUAUGCGCACAAACACUGCUUGGCUUCACUUUCAUGGCGAUGUGAGACCGAAGCAGCUAGCUAGCUGCAUAGCUAGCCUAAGCUCAAGCCAGUGAAGACUCAUUUAAAUAAUAGCAGAAAGGCCGGACAUAAAAGUGCUGUCUCUGUCAACGUCGUAACAUUGUCUUGUUCAUGCUGCAAAGCAAAGUGACGACAUUUUUUAGACGUGCUGCUCGGUUGUCAAGCUGCAGGCUAGCUUUAGCUUAGCAUGUGUUGCUAAGUGACUCGGUGUGAUUUGAUAUGGCAGCUCGUGUGCUAACCAACACCCGCGGCAGCUUGACGCUUUUAAUCUUCUGCGUGGACGUCUUUCAAAUAAAUAUAUUUAGUAUUUGCUAUAUGACAACUGCUACGUCCGUUCGCUAGGACCAAUUGUCAUCGCAACUGCCUGGCCUGGAAUGGAGCCAGGCGACUUGCGGGAGAGCCCCGCCGGUUCCGGGGAGUCUGACGCGGGGGACUGGAGAGAGAUUCGACCCGGUGGGGACGAGGAGGGCAAGGCGACCCAAACCCGUGAAACAUCGCCGGAAAUGUCGCAGAGGGACAACUGCCGCGAAAAAGUCGGUGACAAAACGUCUAAACUAGACCAGCUUCACAGCCCCUACGACGACGAACUGGACCCCCGAAUUCAGGAAGAGUUGGAGCAUCUUAAUGAAGCCAGUGCAGAAAUAAACAAGCUAGAGCUGGAACUGGAUGACGCCAGGUCAGGGUACCGUAAAAUCCUCACCGAGUCUGCCAGGAAGCUCAACGCUCACAGCUCGCAGCUCGGCACCUGCAUCGAUAAGGCAAGGCCGUACUACGAGGCUCGUCGGCUGGCCAAGGAGGCUCAGCAGGAGACGCAGAAGGCAGCGCUAAGCUACGAAAGAGCAGUUUCCAUGCACACGGCCGCCAGGGAGAUGGUCUACGUGGCAGAGCAGGGACUCAUGGCUGACGGAAAGAACACCCUUGAUCCCACCUGGCAGGAGAUGCUUAACCACGCUACCUCUAAGGUGAACGAGGCCGAAGAGGAGCGACUCCGCAGUGAGAGGGAGCACAUGCGCGUCACCCACGCUUGCCAGGAAGCCGAGGCUCGAGUCCAGAUGCUGCAGAAGUCUCUGAAGAGGGCCAUCGUCAAGUCCAAACCCUACUUUGAGCUUAAGGCGCAAUUCAACCACAUCCUGGAGGAGCACAAGACCAAAGUUCUGCAGUUGGAGCAGCAUGUAUCCAAAGUCAAGAUGCGCUACUCCAUCACCCUGAAGAACCUGGAGGACAUCAGCGAGCAGAUACACGCCCAGAGAGGCCGGGACCAGGACGAAGGACGCCCCACUGUCUGCGGUGGGCGGAGUCCUCCUGUGGGGGCCGAGUCAGACGCCGUGGCUCGGAAAGAAGGCGGGGCCUGUGGCGGCGCGGUGGUUAACGAUCGAUUGGACACGGCCGGUCACUUGCUGGAGAAGUUCAAGGAGAAGGAGGAAGAACGGGAGAGGGAGAGGGCGGGCUCGGAUUCCCUCUCCGUCUUUAGCCUGCAGACCAUCGCCUCCGACCUGGAGAAAUAUGACUCCAUCGAGCACCUCGGGGAUCUGAGCGAUGUGGGCAGUGUUACCGGGGAGGAGGGCGAGAAGGAGCGAGUGAUGGACCGGCGAGACAAGAUGGCCACGGAGAUGAGCGCUCGAGAGCGCCAGCAGCAGUUCCUUAAGCAGCACCACCGAAGCUUCAGUUUGUGAGGCCACGCGGCGCCAGUCACUUGUAGCCAUCGGAAGAUUGUGGAACUCUUCCCCCCCAAACCGGAGUAUCGCGAAUGAGCUGCUGAAAUGUUCAACCAGAGCGACGCGGUUGUACGUGUAAAUAAGCACACGCGUUGACUUACACUUUAUCGGAAAUUUAAUGCAGCCCUCAGUUAGCAGCACCAGCUAGUUGGUUACCACUGUACAUUAACUCCCUUGAGGAAACAGCAUUGCUUCCUAUAUAGCAUGUUCACUUCACGCCUCCUUAGGGAGCCAGGCAGAACUGAAGCUAGUUGGAACACGCGCUAUACCAUCACUCCUCUGAGGGAGGUGGAAACCUGUUAGCAUUCCAUGCUAGUUACCUCGUGCAUUAUACAUUCACUCUACUGACAAAACAGGCUGAGAAUCCAUUAGCAUUUAUGCUAAAUGGGAUGUGUGCUAUCUAUCCAUUCACUCCUCUUUAAGGGAACAGGGCAAAUUUCCGUUAGUUAGCUUUACACACUGACUGACCAGACAGGGAAGCCGUUAGCACUUAUGCUAAAUAGUACACAUAGCUAUUCAUUCACUCCUUCAGCAUUGUAAGCUACUUAAAUGUGUAGCACAUGUCCGAGCUAGCUCACAUUCACUCCUCGUGGGGAACCAAGCAGGAAGCCAACUCAAGCAGGACUUUGUCAGCGUUGCACGCUAGUUAAGUUUACUAUACGUUCACUUCUCUGAAGGGAACCAGGUGGGAAUUCUUUAAUCGUACAGGAAGCUUGCGUGAUGCUUGGUGUGGAUGUUAAUGUGAUGCGGUGACACGUGUGUCUUCAAGGUCGCACUUUCCACAUUUUCCUGUCGUGUUUGCACAUUUCAAGUCAUCCCUGAUGAAUGUUCCUAGAAAGAAGAGGAUCCCGUGGAUAUCCUCUGUCGUUUGACAGCAUGCACAGCAUUUUACUACAUGAUUAGAUGGUUUGUGGCAUGAUGGGAUUUUUUCUUAGGGCUGAACCUGAGCGCUGACGGCGGUAACGCUGCAUGACGACGCUCUUGUUUCCGCCCUCCUUCCCUGUGAAAAAACAAAAAAAAGCCAUCGCCAAAUGUGCUGUUUCUUUUCUUUUGCAAGAGCACCAUUUUAGUUGAUCAAAUAUUGUCAUUGUUGACGUGUGCCUUGCUGUCAAACAACUAUCAAAUGAAACGUUAGCAUACUUUGUUUUAAGUGUAUUUUUGUGUCUGAAAACAUUUUUUGCCCGUUAUUUAUUUUUUAAAUCUAACUAUGAAGGCUUUUGCAAUUGCAAUUGCUCAGAGGAUUUGAGCCACAGGUGAGAUUUACGCCCGUUACGUGGUCUGCUGCGUCUUUGAACGUGGUCCGCAACGUUACGUGGUCUGCCAUGUUUUUGAUCAUAGUUAGCCACGUCAUUUAACGUAGACAGCCACGUCAUUGAACGUGGUCUGCUACGUCUUUGACUGGUCCGCAACGUUACGUGGUGUGCCACGUUUUUGAACAUAGUUAGCCACGUCAUUUAACGUAGUCCGCCACGUCAUUGAAUGUGGUCAGCCACCUUUUUUAAUGUGAUCUGCUACGUCAUUGAACGUGGUCCGCAACAUUAUGUCGUCUGCUACGUCUUUGAAAAUGGUCCAACGUUACGUGGUCUGCCAUGUUUUUGAACAUAGUUUGCCACAUCAUUUAACAUAGUCCACCAUGUCAUUGAAUGUGGUCCGCAACAUAACUUAGUCUGCCACAUUUUUGAACAUGGUCCGCUAGUCUUUGAACUUGGUCCGACACCUAAUUUACUAUGGCCCUAUGAGUUUGAUACCCCUGUGUUAGCGCAUAGCUUGCACUUCCAAAUUGUGAUUUCAACGUUAGGAUUUUUACUUAACGAUGUAAGGAUCCCUACUAAAUUAGAAAUUUUACAUCUCCAAUUUUAGAAAUCCUAAAUUUUGACGAAACAGAUUUUUGCAUUAGUUCCCAAUUACGUUACAUUCAGAGUUAGAUGCAGCGUAUAUAUAAAUCUAAUCCAUUAUUAUUAUUAUUAUUAUUAUUUAUAAACACAGUUUGAGCCAAACAACAAGAUUUGACUUUAUGCUUUCUUUGCCAUUUGUUUCCCCUUUUGACUAAACAGGUUUUUACAUUGGUUUAUGAAUUUUGAUGUUGACAAUGUUCGUCGAGGUAAAAAACCGAUACGAUAAUGAUCAGCAUAGAAAUUUUUCCAUCGCUCUCCACACUUUGACUGGAAAGUAACAAUUCAUAUUUUAGUCUCGGGAAUUAUGUCAAAAUAAGAAUUUCCGAUGCAAAAAUGUAUGAGUCUAAUGAAAACAUUAAAAUUCGGAAAUGUUCAUUUAGUUCAGAGAUAGAAAGUUCUCAGACUAAAUUUGUGUUCUGACACUAGUCCGAAUUUUCAUUUCAAAGUCGGAAAUUAUUAUUGGACACAUUUGAGCCAAACUUUUUUUUUGCUAUUUAAAUCCAAUUGUGACUGUUUUUAUAAUUUUUUAACAACAGCUUUACAUUACAUAAACUAUGGCUGCUGGUUUGCGUGUGACAGUGACGUUCAGAGGUGAUUUGUAAAAGUAAUCAUAUACUUAAUGAACAUGAUUGAUGAAUAUUUGACUCUUCAGUUGUACAGAAAAGCUGAGUCCUCUUAAAUGACUCUUCACUGUGUGGCCUUGCGAGGAAGAUGUCAUGCAAUCAUCCCUUCAUGAGACCAUCAAUAAAAUGUUGACAUCU